GGAAAAUGCCACCCACCCCCUGGUCCCCCAUGUCAGACAGCGCAGAUCGGGUUUCCAGUUUCCAAACCUGAUGUGAUCUCCCAGCUGGAACGAGGGAAAGAGCUGUGGGUCGAAGAUUGCCAGGGCUCUGAGGAAAUAGAGCUCCAGAAAGGUGCCCAGACAGGUGAAGCCUCAGCUAACCAACUCAGAAACUGUCCUUGAAUGAAGGAAACAUUUGGGAUUCCCUACAAAGAUCUUGUGAUCUCUUCAAAUUCAGAAUUCUUCCCAGCAAGUGUGGCAUCCUCAUGACAGAUGUCACUCCUGGCUUCCUUUCUCUGCUGACUGACACCUGGCUGUAGCUCCCUCCCCAGUAUUCCUUCCUCCUGAACGGGAUGUGGACCCAGAAAUGACCCUCUCUUCUCUGUCCUCCGGGGAAGGACUUUAGGCAGGGCAGGUUGGGGGAGGGGUUCAAAUCAAAUCCUGUUUUGUUUGUUGUCUCCAGCACUUAUUUUGGUGUGGUCCCACCUUUUCCCGUUCCUCUCUGGGGUUUCCUUUCUCCCCAGCAUAGGGAGUGACCGAUGCCUGGAUUCUCUCUCUAUCCUUCCAGGUGAUCGGACGGUGAAUGAGAACAAGGAGCAGAAUCCACAGCAGGAAUAUGCUAAGCAAGUUGUACCACAUGUGACAUUAGCAGGAAGGUCCAAAGGCAAAUUUUCUUGGAUUUGUGCAGAGACAAAAGUCUGUGAGAGUCAGCAUAGGCCAGAGAAGAGCUUCAGUAUAUUAUCAGACAUUUGACGUUAUUAGACAUGAAAGAAUGAACAUGGGAGAGAGACCCUAUCCAUGCCUUGAGUGUGGAAAAAGUUUUAGUCAGAGCUCAACCCUCAUCACACAUCAGAGAAUCCACACUGGAGAGAGGCCAUACACAUGCCCUGAGUGUGGGAAAAGCUUCAAUCGGAACUCACACCUCAUCACGCAUCGGAGAAUUCACACAGGAGAGCGACCCUACACAUGCGCUGAAUGUGGGAAAAGCUUCAAUCGGAACUCAAACCUUAUCACACAUCAGAGAGUCCACACAGGAGAGACACCCUACACAUGCUCUGAGUGUGGGAAAAGCUUCAGUCAUGGCUCAGCCCUGAUCACCCAUCGGAGAAUCCACACUGGAGAGACGCCCUACACAUGCCCUGAGUGCGGGAAACGCUUCAAUCACAGCUCACAUCUCAUCACACAUCAGAGAAUCCACACAGGAGAGACACCCUACGUGUGCUCUGAGUGUGGGAAAAGCUUCUGUCGGAGAUCUGCUCUUAUCACACAUGAGAGAAUCCACACAGGAGAGACACCCUACUCGUGCACUGAGUGCAGGAAAAGCUUCAGUGAGAGUUCAGACCUUAUUAGGCAUUGGAUAAUCCACACAGGAGAGAAACCCUACACAUGCCCUGAGUGUGGGAAAAGCUUCAACCACAGCUCAAACCUGAUCACACAUCGGAGAAUCCACACCAGAGAGACACCCUACACCUGCCUUGAGUGUGGGAAAAGCUUCACCCAGAGCUCACACCUCAUUACACAUCGGAGAAUCCACACAGGAGAGCGCCCCUACACAUGCUCUGAGUGCGGGAAAAGCUUCAAUCACUGCUCAAACCUCAUCACACAUCGGAGAAUCCAUACAGGAGAAACACCCUAUAUAUGCUCCGAGUGCAGAAAAAGCUUCAAUGAGAGUUCAGACCUUAUUCGGCAUUGGAGAAUCCACACAGGAGAGAAACCCUACACAUGCCCCGAGUGUGGGAAAACCUUUAACCACAGCUCAAACCUGAACAAACAUCGGCGAAUUCACACUGGGGAGACACCCUACACCUGCCUUGAGUGCGGGAAAAGCUUCAGCCAGAGCUCACACCUUAUCACCCAUCGGAGAAUCCACACGGGAGAGCGCCCCUACACAUGCUCUGAGUGCGGGAAAAGCUUCAAUCGGAGCUCAAACCUCAUCACACAUCAGAGAAUCCAUGUAGGGAAGACACUCUGCUCAUGCUCUGAGUGUGGGAAAAGCUUCAGUCGGAGUUCAGCCCUUAUUAGUCAUCAGCGAAUCCAUAGGGGAGUGACAAACUUCACAUGCCCUGAGUGCGGGAAAAGUUUUAAUAAGAGCUCAGUUUUCAUCAAACAUAAGAGAAUCCACACAGGCAAAUAAUGCCAUAAAUCAGGAGUUCUCAACCUUUUCUUUCUGAGGCCCCCUCAACAUACUAUAAAACUCCAGGGCCCAGCAGGGGUGGGUAGCAACGUGGGGCUCUGGGCCUGGGGAUGGGAUACUUGGGCAUAGGGGGAGUUUAACUUUUAUUUGGGGGGGGGCAAGGGCCGGCAGGACUCGGGCCAGCUCCGCACAGCAAGGUCCCGGGAGGGAGCGCCGCCUCCAACCCCAGACUCACUUCAGCAGACCACCCACCUGUCUUGGGCUGUGUGCUGGUUGCUGCUCCCCGAGGGCUCUGCUAGCCCCGGAGCCAGGUCCCUACCUGGGCAGCUGUUACCGGCUGUGGGAGCUGAGGAGCAGCUGCAACCCUGGGCACCAGCAGCAGAUGGGGGAAUGCCAGGGCUACCCACUCCAUGGCACCAGCAGCCAGAAGAGUGGCUGUCCCGCACUGCCUGGCUCUGACUUCCCACCUCUGACCUGGCCAGAGGGUGGGGCCUGAGGGGGUGGAGCUGCCCCCAGGACUGACCCAUUCUUUGUAAGGCACUGCAGUCUGGGGGGGUCAACACCCUUGUGCCCCCUCAACUCUGCUCUUGGGCUCAGGGCCUCAGCCCUGUGCCACUUCUGGAUUCAGUGGGGAGAGCUCAGGGUUUCAGCUCCCUGCUGCUCUGACUUCAGGGGAGGGACGGGAGCUCAGGGGUUCAGCCCCACACUGCUCCCACAUUCGGAGGGGGUAGGGGAAGAGGGGAGCUCAGGGGUUUCAGCCCUGUGCUGCUCCUGGCUUCAGUGGUUGGUGGGAGAGGGAGCUUGGGGUCAUAGGCGCCAACUUUCUCCGGCACCAGUGGGUGCCCGUGCCCCCCCGCCCCUUUCCCCAUCCAUGGC